CUCUAUAGAUUUUACCUGUGCGAGUGUUGACACCACCUUUCGUUCUAAAUUGACAUGGAUUUUAACGUUUUACCAACAAUGUAAAACAGUUGUAGAAAUCUCUCUUUUUAUUGUGGUAAAAGAUGGAAUUAUGUGAAGAUGUUCAAAGCAGGAAGACUCAGUUAACGAACUGGCAUGGGAUUAUGUCGGAACUUUUUGGAAUGGAUCGGUCCAUGACAGUUGAAUCAACCCACGACUCGUCUUCAGGCUUUGCCUCAGAUGUUCCUAGCCAUACUUGUUCAGGAAUAAAUAUGUCCAAUUUCAAAGAAAAUAUUCGAACGGAUACCGGUGACUCGCCUUUUGAAAUGGAUUCACAAAUAUUAAAUGCACAUAUUUCUCCUUGUGAGACAAAAGCCCAGAAAUCCAACCGGAAAUGUCCAAUUUCUCCAAAACAGCCAAAUCACUACAAUGCCCAUGACUUGAAAAUGCACUAUCGGAUGUCCACUCCAUCUCCUCUCUCCUACCAGUCAUCGGGAUCUUUUGGAACCCCCCCUUCAUUUCCACAAAAAGUCCACAAAUCUCGUUCCUCGAGUUCAAAUACAACCGAAAAAUCUUUACAUUAUUUUCAAAUGCCAUCACACCCACAAACCCCGGUUGUCGGCUACAAAAACCCUGCAUACGAAUAUCAAUUAGACAAACACAUGGAACAAAUACAAUAUAACAUUAAGCGUAUAGAGCUUCAAGAAGAAGGUUACAUUACCAAAGGUAGCAAAUAUCAACACCACACACCGUCAUUGUUUGAUUUGAUCACUGAUGACAUCAUUGUUCAAAUUUUUUCUUACCUAUCCUCAGAUCAACUAUGCAGAGCAUCACGUGUUUGUCAACGAUGGUACAGAGUAGGUUGGGAUCCGUUAUUAUGGAAACAGAUUGUCCUAAAUAGUGAACUUAUCAAUGUAGACAAAGCCAUUAAGUAUUUAACAAAAAGACUAAGUUACAAUACUCCGACUGUGUGUGUCAUUGUUGAGAAAAUCAACCUUAACAAAUGUGAAAAACUCACAGACAAAGGGCUACAUACCAUUGCGAAACGAUGUCCUGAGCUUCGGCAACUAAAGAUGCAAGGAUGCUCAAAUGUGACUAAUCACUCUCUGUUUGAAGUCGUAUCAUACUGUGUAAAUCUCGAAUAUCUUGAUGUAACAGGAUGUCCAUGUAUAACUUGUAUAAGCCUGACGCCACAGAUCAUGGAACAAGCUACUGCCCACCAUCUGCGCCAGAUCUAUCUUCGGACACUGGAUAUGACAGACUGUUAUGCUCUAGAGGAUGACGGACUUAGAGUGAUUGCAAAGCACUGCAUUCAGCUUCAGUUCCUCUAUCUCAGGAGGUGUGUUAGAAUAGGUGAUAAUGGUCUCCAAUAUAUUGCUUACUAUUGUUCAGAACUCAAGGAAUUGAGUAUUAGUGAUUGUAAAAAAGUGACUGAUUUCGGUGUCUGUGAACUUGCAAAAAUUGGGACCAAUUUACGAUAUCUAAGUGUUGCUAAAUGUGAUAAGAUAUCUGAUGUUGGAAUUAUACAGUUGUGUAAACGAUGUACAAAACUUCGCUACCUGAAUUUAAGAGGUUGUGAGGCUGUAUCGGACGACUCUUUGGAUGUACUUGCCAGAAAUUGCUCAAAAAUAAAAUCCCUUGAUAUUGGAAAGUGUGACGUCACAGAUGAAGGACUAAAUGUUCUGGCCCAGAAUUGUCCACAGUUAAAGAAGCUCAGUCUCAAAUCAUGUGAAGCCAUAACUGACAAUGGUGUCAAGUUCCUGGCAAAAUCUUGUAGGCUGUUACAACAGUUUAAUAUUCAAGACUGUCAUUUGACUGUAGACGCUUAUAGAACAAUUAAAAAAUAUUGUAAAAGCUGCUUUAUCGAACACACAAACCUUGGAUUUUUCUAGUGUUGCCAUUAAAACUUAUCAAAGUACUCUAUAA